AUGAGAGCAAGUUUCAGACUACUGCAAGAAAAAUAUCCUCAUAUUGUACCGCUAGGAUGUUUGGCACAUUUGUUACAUUUAUUAUGUGGUGAUAUUGUUAACAGUUCAUCAAUUAAAACAAAAAUAGCAGAUGUGAUUCAAGUCACAAAAACUAUUAAAAAUAGUCAUGUGCUUAAAGCAACUUUUGAUCAAAUAGGAAGAGAAAAAGAUGUUACAGUCGCUCUUAAAUUACCAGCACUAACGCGAUGGGGUAGUUAUUUGGAUUGUUUGAAAAGUGUGGUGACUAAUAAAAGUGUUAUCCAAACCUUAGCGGUAACCGAAGGAGUAAUAAUCACAUUAGAAAUAAAGAAAAAAAUUCUUGAUGAUAACUUUUGGAAUCAUAUCCAAAAUAUGAUGUCGCUGUUAGAACCUAUAAUAAACUUAUUAAUAAAAGUGCAAUCUAAUGAACCACAAAUACAUAUUGUCUAUAGAGAAUUAACAAAACUGGAGUCGACUUUAAUGGACAUCAUUAAUGUCAUCAAUUUCGAAGAAUUCGAAAAGGAUAAUAUUAUUAAAAAAUUGGUCGACAGAAAGAAGUUUGCACUAGGCGACAUACAUUUUGCCGCAGAUUUGUUAAAUCCAUCAACUCAGGGGUGCGAUUUAAAUCCCACUCAGUUGUUGGACGCAAUGACAUUUAUAUAUAAUAUGGGAAAGCAUUCUCAUAUAAAUGAAAUAAAGUUAAGAUCCGAGUUAGUAAAUUUUCGUGACAAAGAAGAUAUAUGGGCAAAAACCAUUUUAUGGGACGGACAUGAUUCUAUGCCACCACUUUUAUGGUGGAGAGGUUUGAGGGGAACUUGCGAAUUGGCAGAUAUCGCCAUUCGGAUAUUAAGUGCACCCAUAACAUCAGCGGCAACAGAAAGAACCUUUAGCGCGUUUAGUUGGCUGCACUGCAAAAAAAGAAAUCGGCUGACUACGACAAAUGCCGCUAAAUUAACAUAUUUAACUUACAAUGAUAAGCUAUUAAAUACAUAUAAAAGUAACACAAACCAAAAUAUAACAGAUACCGACAAAAAUGAAGAAAGCGACGAUGAAAUGGACGAAGACGAGCAAUUGUCAACGAUUGAAGACAUAUCAUCAGACGAAUCUGUCUUAAUUUAG